AUAUUACUAAAGCACCAUCAUACUACAUAAGCAUAUGCAGAAGGGAAAACAAGUCGCGUGAAACUGUCUGGACGUGUCGGACGUUAUUUGGGCUUAUGGAGCUAAAGCUCGAGGACCUGUAUCAGGAGCUUGGUAUCACCGAAUUCUUGGGUCCCAGCGGGGACUGGGGCAGAGCGAGCCGGGCUAUACCAGCUCUACCCGCAGUGACGCCAAAGCCACCAGAAGCGCCGAAGCGUUCAAAAGGCGAGAUUUUAAACGACUAUGAUAUGCAGCAGUGCGAGCAGGAGGACGAGGGAGAAGUCGCACUGAAGAAGCCGACAAGCGCAAGGCGCAAGCGUGCACCGCGGCCUAAUGCGACCACGGUCACGAUACUCGAGCUGGAGAACCGGCUGAAGGCGCUGCUCGAGGAGCACACACGCGCGGGACAGGAAAACCAGCGUCUGCGCAACCGCCUUGGGGUCAUCGAGGCGCUGCUGCCGGUCCGAGUGCAGCCUGGCGACGACCUAGCACGGCUACACAGCCAGAGCUCUGAUGUAGCGUUGGGCACUAGCUAUGACGUGCGGCGCCAUUCCUCAGCCGAGCGGCUGUCGCGCAGCCAGUCUGCGGACCUUCGGAGCGCGGACCACAGCGCUGGUCACACGCACGGGCAGGGGCACGGACCGUUCGAGGGUGCAGGCCCCGCAUACGCCCAUGACUCACCUGCUGAUGCGCACACGCACGCCACAAGCUGCUGCGACGGGGGCUGCAAGCCUGAGCGCUGCCGCCAAGCCGCCGAGCCCGUCACCGGUGCAACGGAAGUGGUACAGGCGGCGGCUCGGCCACUGCUGAACAGCCCGCGGCCACAGCCACGCCAGUUGCCUGCCGCUGCCGACCGGCCGUCGCACCCGGCCUUGGAGCGCCCCUCACAGCACCACAUCGAAGCGGCGACGGAGCAAUGGGUGGUGGCUUGGCGCGUGUGGGUGCGCGACGCCGCCCUGCUGUCGGUGGCCUACACGACGCGCCCUUCGGAGCUGUACCUGCGCAAGAUAGACGCCGCGUUUGAGCGCGUGUGCGAGGAGGGCGCGCGCAUCUGGUACCCGCUGGGCCUCCCCGACGUCAUCUGCGGCGCCUAUCAGCUCAACGUGGACACGGGGCGGCCCGAGACGCCGCCCGACUCGCACUGGAAGGAGGUGGCGGAGGGCAUGGGCGUCACCCAGCAGCAGGUGUCGGCUUGCCGCGCGGCUCUGGCGCUGUACCGCGAGCGCAUGGAGGUGGUGAUGGCAGAGCGCAGCCGCCUCACAGAGCGACUGGCAGACAGCAUGGCGGCGGCGGAGCAGGCGGCGGAGGCGCCAUGUGCCUCGCCUUGCGAGCUGCCGGGCAGCGCGCACUUCCAGCGGGUUGGCGUGGAGGCGGCGGCGGCGGCGGAGGCUCUCAACGCGAACGUGGCGGCGGAGGGGCGCGCCACGCGCCUAGCUCGGGAGUUCCUGCGCAGUAACAUCCUGACCAGCCUGCAGCGCGCCAGGUGCGCGGCGCUGUCCUACCCCUUCUACCCAGAUGCACUCGCCAUCCUAGCAGCAAUGGCCUCCCUGAAUUCACAAAAAUAGAGGGCUUCGAUGCCCCCAAGGUUUAGCGGGGAGUCGAAGGGUCUAAUGGUUCCACCGGCGCUGGAGGCCCAAAGGACUCAGGCCAAAAAGUCGCCGCCGGCUAGGGAAACCGCAUGCCGCCCGCCGCACGGCACGGCCGGGAUGGCGAGGUGCAUGUGCGCUCCAGCAGUAUGGUGGUGCUGCUGGCGUCCUUACUAGCAGUAAUCUCUAGAACAGGUUUGGUUCAUGGUCGUCGAAAAUUGCACCAUUUCCCUCUUCAUUCCAUGUCUCGUGUCAGGUGCUGUCAGGUGGCAAUGGCACGCAUCCUUUGUGUGCUUGCACUCUUUUCAUGUGUGAUUGUUGGGAGCGAAUGGACAGUCGGGAUGGAAACAUGGAAAUUCAUGUGUGAUUGUUGGGAGCGAAUGGACAGUCGGGAUGGAAACAUGGAAAGCGCACUAAGGUACGCACGAUUUGCAAAAAUGGUAAGAUAUAAGGAGUUAGCUGACGGACUGAGGAGAGCCGCCUCACCCCGGAUAGCGCACGUGCUUGAGUGCUCUACGGCAGAAGGGUGGAUAGCAAGGUCUGCGUGAGCGUAUGCGAGUGCUUGUAGCAUGGAAGGGUAUCGUGCGUGAGACAAAAUACUGACGCACCAAGUAGCGCAGCCCUGCCAGUGUGCCCUGGCUGGUAUCAUGGGGUUGGCACCGGUAGUGACAACCGGGCGGGCAACCGCACAUUCUGCAUGACCCCACGCGCACUGCCGUUGCCGGUGUGUUAAAAUUGCUGAAGCCAAGUGGUGCUGCUUUGGUUGCAAAGUUAUUCCACGUAUUGUCUACGCUACGCGUUUCAUGGCUGACAUAAAGCACGUGUCCAAGCGUGUGAAUGCAGGUGGAUGUUACCGCACGUGUCUCCCGCCGAGUCAUUACUGUAAUGGUACUCGGAACAGGUUGCUUCUGGUGGCGGCGUGCUAGCUGCGAGUUCCAGGCGGGCAUGUGUGUAUGUCUUUAAUAGUAGAAACGAAAGCCCAAGUGUGUGUGUGUGUGUGUGUGGAUGGGUGGGAUUGGAUGUGUGUAGGGUGUGUGUGUGUGUGUGUGUGUGUGUGUGUGUGGUUGUGGGUGUGCCGUGACUGGUCGCCCGUGUUCGGCCCCAUCCACAAGCGUGCGGUCAAGAGGCGUCGGCGGGAGACACGGAGUUGCCUCGUGGGAAGUAAGCAUCCGUGUGCCGCAGUAAGCCAGGCUGGGUCCAUAGCCGCUGGCUUGCGUUGAGCAUGCGGUAAGCAACGGUGCGUUUGUACCUCCAUACGAUGUAUAGCUUUCGAACGGGUCUGUGAGUACUGGGCCAUGUGAAAUGAAAAUGGAGCAACUGAGGACCGGUGAACCGGUAGCAUGGUAGGCUGGUAGCAGAAGCAGCGGGGGAGGCCGGGGAGCACGGACGGCGGGGCCGUGGACUCCUGUGGCAGUCUUAGCACCAGGGGUGCUUCGCACUGCGGGAGGAAGCUGGAGCGGGCGCGAGCUUUACCUCCAGACUUCUCUCUGCGUGUUUUCCCACAAUCCC